CUAAGGGUUAGGUACUACCCGAUAGUACCCUUAACUGUACCUAGGGUAACUAGUCUCGCGCCGGUCCACGGCGUUCGCUCUAAAGAAAGUCUGGACCCUUAAGAGCGAGUUGCUUGUUCAUCCUCCCAAUCUGUCAAACGUGGGUGUGGGGCAAUAAGUACCUACCUAACCUAUGUACCUAAUGACAAUGGAUAAUGAAUGGAAAUAAGAAACCCCCCUCCUCUUUACUCGCAUAUAAACCUGACAACCCUCAAACCGCAUGCGGCAGUUCCCCGUGUAUGAUAUUAUCUAUCUAUAGACCCCAAAUCCUACCUAUGAAUCCUCUCAAACGUGUUGCGGGGCCGAUUCUCUUGUACCACCUAUAAUUCGUACCUAUAAGCACGUUUCAACUGAUUGAUUACUAUAUUACGCAUCGAUCACGCACACGCCCUCACGAGGAGUUGGAAGAAUUACUGCAUCAAGUAACCCAUCCUACUCCAAGAACCCCUAAAGCCUACAGGGCUAUACAUAGGCAAUCAUGCCGGGCAAGACGAGCCACACCCCAACUAUUUAUUACGAUGUGCCCGUCGCCAUCAUACCUCUUGUCAGUUCGAUACUGUUACUUAUAAGGCUUUAUCGUUGGCAACAAUCUCAAUACUACCAAUUCCUCAACCUCAUCGAUAGCACAAUGGAGGGGACAUUAUCGCGAGUUUCAAACAAGCUUCAAAGCCCCACCACAUUCAGCAAGUUCAACGAGCUCCCUCCGGAACUACGGAUCAAAAUAUGGCAGCAUGCUAUGCCUGGUCCUAGGACGGUCGUUGUCAAGUCUCCAUACGCGGGACAGAAGCAGACGCCUAGAUCAUUAGAAGAAGCUGUAUUAGAUUCAUAUAGCCAAGGGGAAACAUGGUAUUCAACAACACAAAUCCCCGCCCUCUUACAUGUCAACGCCGAGGCCAGAUACGAAGCUCUUAAACAUUACAAGCUUUCAUUUGGCGUAGGCAACAUACAACCGAGAGUUUACGUUGAUUUCAACCGGGAUACUUUAUUCUUUGGCAACUCGGAGCUGAAGCCGGAAUGCUCAUCAUUAUGGGCCUCUACGCAAGGAUUAGAUCAAGUACAACGUCUUGCGGUUGUCCCCGAGGGCGCAUGGCGAGUGCUACGAUGGAAGAAGGUCGAUUUGAAUUCACUGGAGCGGAUAAUAUUUGUACACGACACAGAGAAGCUCGAGUUAGGCUCUCUCCCUCAGCUAGUUGAAGACGAACCGCAAGAUAUCGAAGCGGAGUUGCUUGAGGGACAGGUGCAACGUCUCGAGGAGUUACAGCUACAGCAGGAGUCGCAAGAGAACGGCACGUUGGAUCCAAUGAAGAAGCGGAUGCAGGCAGCCCGUGAGGAGAUCGAUACGCUAAUGAUGGUUCUACCAGCGCAAUGGGAGAAGGAACCAGCAUUGUCGACGGCAGUGUUUAGGAAAAGCCGCGGGGAUAGAUGGGCGUGUUGAUUCGCUAUCCUUUUUUUAGUGUAGACACUCGUCAAAUGCGACAUGUCUUGUCUUUUCUCAUCUUA